AUGGAGGAAGUAUUAACGGAAAAAUGGGGGAAGUUCUCCCUCAAUGAGGACGAAAAUGAGGGGGUUUCAUUGGAUUUGGAGGAGAUAGCACCGAUGGUACAAAGAGGAAGAUUCUGCUUGAUUGGGAAGCUUUUGGCAGAUCGUAUUGUACCAAAAGAUUUUUUCAAGGUUCCGCUUCUCAAAGCUUGGAGACCGAAAGGAACAGCCUCAUUUCAAGUGAUAGGGGGGAAUCUGUUUAUAGUAGAUCUUGAGUAUGAGGAGGAUAAAGAUCGCAUUUUGGCAGGUAAACCUUGGUUAUUUGAUGGCAACCUGGUCUCCCUAGCAGUCUUUGAUGGUCUAACUCCUCCAGCAAAGAUGAAUUUUGAUACUGAAGCUUUCUGGGUUUGCAUGUAUAAUCUGCCUUUGGCGUGUAUGGGAAAAGAAACUGGCCAAAAAAUAGGAGCUUCAGUUGGGGUAGUCCAGGAGGUAGAUGUGGAGGAAGAUGAACCCGGUUGGGGUGAAUAUCUUCGGGUGAAAAUCCUUAUAGAUCUCUCCAAGCCUUUAGCGAGAGGUAGGAUGUUACAUGUCCAUAAGCAGUCACUAUGGAUUGCUUUCAAGUACAAAAAAUUGCCCAAAUUAUGUUACUAG